CCGAGGUGCUCGCUCGCUGCGUCUGAACAACAGAGUCUGUCCCUGGUUUGGGAGGGGAACCCGCACACAGACACGCUUUCUGGAGUUUGUUUCUACUGUUAGAGCAGUUACUUUCCCACAAUUGCGCCGGGUUUUUUCUUUUGUUUUUGAGGCUAAACUUAAACAGUAUCGCGCGAGAGCUGGACCUCAUCAAAUACUUUGUGCUUGUUGGCGUGGAUGUGAGGCUCUGUUUCACUCAACAUCAUGGACGGCUGAUUCACCCGCUUCACUGACCCAACAGAUUGAUAAUCAUUUACAGGUCGAGAGGAAAGGAAUGGGAUAUGAUACCAGGUGAUCAGGCGCAGGAAGUCUUCAGCUUAACAAAGAACAUUGAUGAAUAUUUGCCAUGCUACAUGGGAAGGCUCUGAACUCCACCCUGCUCUCGCUCCUCAUCCCCAUCGUCUUUGUUUCUGCCCAUCGUCGCUCCUACCCCAGUUUUUCCCGAAAUGACACCGAAUUCCAGCACCUGGUGCUCCACCCUGACCCCUCCGUGGGGAAGGUGUACGUGGGGGCCAGGGAUCACCUCUUCCAGCUGGACGGACUGGAUGGACUGCGGCUGGAACAAGAGGAGAUGACGGGCCCGGUCAGUGACAGCAAAGACUGCCUUCCCCCGGUCACUGAACUCAACUGUCCCCAGGCAAGGAGAACCAGCAAUCACAAUAAAUUACUGCUGGUGGAUCCAAAGGCGUCAGAGUUGAUCACCUGCGGGAGCGUCCACCAGGGCACCUGCCAGAAACGCAGCCUGUCAUCAAUCAGAAAGGUUCUCUUCUCCACCGAGAGGCCCGUGGAUACACAGUAUGUUGCGGCCAAUGAUCCGUCAGUGUCGACCGUGGGGCUGGUGGUGGGGCUUCGUGGCGGUAGGACAGUAAUGUAUGUGGGUAGGGGUUAUACCGCCAGCCACCCACCCAUCUCUACCCGCCACCUUUCAUCAGAACCCAUCUUUUCCUACGAGGAGACAGCUAAACUGGCCGUAGCUGGGCGUCUGUCAGAGUACGACCACCAUUUUGUGACGUCGUUCACUCGGCGCGCAUACGUGUACUUCUUGUUUUACCGCCGUGACAUCAAGUCUGCAUCGAGGGAGUACCGGACCUAUGCUGCCCGAGUGUGCCUGGAUGACACCUCCUACUAUUCCUAUGUGGAAGUUCCUCUUGUCUGCCAAUCCUCAAGCUCUCAUUCAAGGACGUACAACCUGCUCCAAGCUGCCCAGGUGGGACAAGGUGCGGGCCGGCAAGGCGAGGAUCUGCUGGGAGUCUUCUCCACCCAUGUCGGCUCUACAAACAACAGUCCCUUGGAUGCCUCGGCCCUGUGCGUUUACCCUCUGGAUGAGCUCGACAGGCACAUCGACUCAACGCGUGACCUCUGCUACACCCAUGAUGGGCGGGUGGAGGGAAGAGGGGAAGUGGCCUACAUAGAGUACGAGGUCAAGUCCAGCUGUGCCAACCUGCCCCUGAAUACCCUGAAGGCGUAUCCCUGCGGCUCUGACCACACCCCUAGUCCGAUGGCGAGCCGGGCGCCGCUGGAGGCCAAGGCCGUGUGGCACACCUCAGCCGCCCGUCUCACCGCUGUGGCCGUCAGUGUCAGAGACGGACACAGCAUCGCCUUCCUUGGAGACUCCAGAGGGACUCUACACAAGGUUUAUCUUGGCCAGGAUGGCACGGUGGAGGUAUAUGCGAACACAACGAUCCAUCCUAACUCACCCAUUAACAGUGACCUUGUAUUGGAUCAGAAUGGAGCACACAUCUACAUCAUGACCAAAACUAGUGUAGAGAAGCGUCCAGUGGCAGAAUGUGGAGAUCACCUGGACUGUCAGUCCUGUCUGUCUGCCAAAGAUCCCUAUUGUGGCUGGUGUGUCUUGGAGGGAAGGUGUGGUCAGCGCUGGGAGUGCCAGCGAGGGGCUCUGCAGGGUCAGUGGUUGUGGAGUUUCAACCAGACGCAGCAGUGCCUCAGUUUUCAGCACCUCAGCCUCUACAACAUCAGCCGCGGGGAGAAAAAUGAUAUCACAGUGUCAGUAGAGGGCCUCCCCAGUCUACGAAAGAGAGAGUUCUACUCUUGCUUUUUCCAGGACACAGAAACUCCUGCGUCCCUCACUAAUACUGGUGUAACAUGCUCCACCCCUGAUGCCAGCAGUCUUCCCCCCAUUGGCCAUGGAGAUGAAUUCGUGAUGGUGACCCUGUCACUGCGUUUCAUAAAUGUGACAGUGGCAGAGACAGAAUUCACCUUCUACAACUGCAGCUUGGUUCAGGAGCUCUCUGGACGCAGACCAUGCCAAGGGUGUGUUAGCAGCCGCUGGGGGUGUAACUGGUGCAUCCACCAGCAUCUCUGCACACACAAACACACCUGCAGCCAAGGAGUCACUAUCUACAACCGAAACUUCAAACCGCCAACACCCACCAUCCCUCCACCCACCAGAAACCUGACCCCUUUACCCCCCACUGUCCGGGCUGCUACAACAACAACAACAACAACAACAACAACAACAACAGCAGCAACAACCACAACCACAACAACAACAACAACAACACAGCCACCACCCACAGAAAUACCUACCCCAACCACAGCAGCUGCCCUUUCAACUGCCACCACAGUGACACCUAACACCACCCCUAAUGCUGAAUCUACAGCACCCCUUACCCUGCCCACAACUUCCCCCUUUGUCAGGACCCAGGCCACCACCGUCCACACGGAUGUCAUCACCGUAGACGGGUCCCUUUCUGAUGCAGAGAGAACGACAGAGGGAAAUGGUGCCACCACGAGAGGUUUUUCAGAGGGUGACGACACGGACACCUUAAAUAUCACUGAUGAAACUCUCCACACUACAUUACCCAGCAGUACUAGUGGCCAGGUAGAUUCUGACCUUAGAUUUUUAGAUCUGUCUGGCGAAGCGGUGGGCUCUUCCUCCGACGUAAGCUCGACUACCUCCAGCGAAGAGGCCCUUCUAACUGACCUUUCUAUCAGUGACGAUAAGGACACUAAAGAGGCCGACUCGCCUCCGUGGUUGAGUGAGUGGGAGAAGCCAGAGGGAGAGACUGAGGUGGACUCUGUAACAGGUUCAUCUGUUGAAGGUGCCAGCGAAAACUCGGUCAUCUACACACAAUCGCCUAAAACGGUUGAUGACCCCAACUCUGACUCCGCAGCAAACUACCAAUCAGACUCUUCGACUGACUCUUAUUUCCUGGAAUGUCCAUGUGUGGAGAGAGUUCAGGAUUCCUCUCUCCUCCCUGUCAACGUGGAGAGGAAAAUCACGCUGGUGGGACAACAUCUGAACCUGUUUCAGGAUGAGAAUUUUGACUACGAGUGUGUGCUGGACAUUGAGAACCAGCCAGUGGUGGUGGAUGCCUCCGUGAUGCCGGAUGCCACACAGCCAUCAGUCUUCUUUAUCACCUGCCAACCGCACCAGUAUGCCUACUCUGUCCGGAUGGAGGAAUACCCAGCCAUGAUCAACGUGAGGAGGAAAAACAACUUCCUCAUCGACAGCGCCGACGAUCUGUAUGUGACUCUGUUCAAUUGUUCAGUGGGGCGGUCAGACUGCAGCCGGUGUCGCACUGCCGACCCUAAGUAUGGCUGUGUUUGGUGUGGGGGGGCUGCCAGCUCUCGUUGCGUGUACCAGGACUCCUGCACCGAUGAGAUCAAACACACCUGCCCUGCACCUGUCAUUCACUUUCUGGACCCAGUAUCCGGUCCUGUAGAGGGAGGGACAGUAGUGACUAUUUCAGGCUCCAACCUCGGGCAGAGAGCUGAAGACAUCCAGAACUCAGUCACAGUCGCCGGGAUCCCCUGCAGCGUCAUCCACAGCAGAUAUGAAGUCUCCUCCAGGAUCGUGUGUGAGACUACAAGCAGCGGAGGAGAGAAGAGCGGCCAGGCCUCAGUGAAAGUGAGGGGAGGAGGUCUCGGAUUGUCGGCUCAGAUCUUCAGCUUCCAGGAUCCCGUACUGAGCAGCAUCUUCCCCCAGAGAGGGCCCAAGGCGGGGGGCUCGUCUCUUACCAUCAGAGGUCGGAGACUGAGGACUGGACACCCAAGUGAAGUCAGCGUCCUGAUUGGAGGAAUUCCGUGUAUGGUGCUGAACAUCCAUGAGGAUCAGAUCAGCUGUCUGACCAAAGGCAGCAACAGAACUGGAGAACACGGCAUCACUGUGCGGUUUGGUGGGGCAGAGCGCCACCUGCAGGGUCUGGUGUAUCAUUACACCCCCAACCCCAACAUCACGACUGCUGCUCCGUCCAAAAGCUUUCUCAGUGGAGGCAGGCUCAUCAGAGUGUCCGGUCAGAACCUGGAUGUGGUCCAACAGCCUAAAAUGCGGGUCACCCUCAGUCCUCCUGAUACUCUCCCUCCCAGGAGGAGAAGGAGCAUCAGUAGGAGGAAUGAGGAAAGCCUGACCAGAGGACAGGAUCGCCAGGGUCCGCUGAGGAGAUGGAGGAGGAUCGUCCCAGACGCAGACUGUCCUGAGGGGGCGCUCUGUCAUGUCAAACAGUACGAGUCUCGCUGCACGGUGAACAGCUCCUCCCUCAUCAUGUGUCCGACCCCGGCGGUGGGUCCAGAGGCCAGGAGAGCCGGGGUCAAAGUUCAUUUCCUGCUGGACAGCCUCCAUUUUGACUUCAGCACUGUGGGGAAUGAAGCUUUCAGCUAUGAGUCCAACCCGAAGCUCUACUCACUGAACCAGAAUGACCCCAGCAAACCGUACCACCACAAACCCGGCAGCAUCAUCUCUGUUGAGGGAGAGAACCUGGAUCUAGCCAUCUACAAGCACGAGGUGGAGGCUCGGAUAGGGGAGGGGGUGUGUUCGGUCAAGACCCUGACCCACAACCACUUGUACUGUGAACCGCCAGCCCAGCAGCCGUCAGUGGCAGCUAGCAAGAAGCAGGAUGGCCUGGACAGUCUGCCUGAGUUCACGGUGAGAAUGGGGAACCUGAACUUCUCCUUGGGCCGGGUGCAGUAUGACAGUCAGCCCCAGUCCACGUUUCCUCUGGAGGCCCAGGUGGGAGUCGGGGUUGGAGCCUCCAUAGUGGCUCUCAUUGUGCUCAUCAUAGUGCUCAUAUACAGGAGGAAGAGCAAACAGGCCAUGAGGGACUAUAAGAAGGUGCAGAUUCAGCUGGAGAACCUGGAGACCAGUGUGAGAGACCGCUGUAAGAAGGAGUUCACAGACCUGAUGACAGAGAUGAUGGACAUGUCCAGUGACUUGGUGGGUUCAGGGAUUCCAUUCCUGGAUUACCGGGCGUAUGCCGAGCGCAUUUUCUUCCCAGGCCACCAGGAGUCACCACUGAGGCGAGAUCUGGACGUUCCUGAGAGUCGACGGCAGACUGUGGAGCAAGGGCUGGUUCAGCUGUCCAACCUGCUCAACAGUAAACUCUUUCUCACCAAGUUUAUUCACACUCUGGAGGUCCAGCGGACUUUUUCCCCCCGGGAUCGGGCUUACGUGGCCUCUCUGCUCACUGUAGCCCUGCACGGGAAACUGGAGUACUUCACAGACAUCCUGAAGACGCUGCUUAACGAUCUAGUGGAGCAGUACGUGGCCAAGAACCCCAAACUGAUGCUCAGGAGAACUGAAUCUGUGGUUGAGAAGCUCCUGACGAACUGGAUGUCCAUUUGUCUGUUCACCUUUCUGAGGGAAUCGGCAGGGGAGUCCUUCUACAUGCUGUUUAGAGCAAUAAAGCACCAGGUGGACAAAGGACCUGUGGAUGCUGUGACAGGAAAAGCCAAGUACACGCUGAAUGACAACCGGCUGCUCCGAGAGGACGUGGAGUACCGAACACUGACACUAAAUGUCGUGAUGCCAGCCGCGGCAGCCAGCGGAGGCACGACUAACCAGACGGUUCCUGCCAAAGUCUUGGACUGCGACACCAUCACCCAAGUGAAGGAGAAACUCCUGGAACAAACCUGGAAGGGAACGUCCUUCUCCCAGAGGCCACACAUUGACUCACUACAUCUUGAGUGGCGUGCAGGUGUUGCAGGUCACCUCAUCCUAUCCGAUGAGGAUCUGACAUCAGUUGUACAAGGAUCGUGGAAGCGCCUCAAUACACUGCAGCACUACAAGGUCCCCGAUGGAGCAACGGUUGCCCUCGUCCCCAGGAACACCAAACAUCACCUCCAUGACAGCCAUGAUUACAUGCCCGGAGAAAAGACCCCCAUGCUGGACGAUGGGGAGGAGGGAGGAGUGCGGCUCUGGCAUCUGGUGAAAGCCAGCGAGGAGUCCGAGCUGCCCAAACACAGGAGGGGCAGUCUGAGGGAGAGGGGCGGGGAGAGAGCCAAGGCGAUCCCCGAGAUCUACCUCACACGACUGCUCUCCAUGAAGGGCACACUGCAGAAGUUUGUGGAUGAUUUAUUCACUGCGAUCCUCAGCACCAGUCGUCCUGUACCUCUGGCUGUCAAAUACUUUUUUGACUUGUUGGAUGAGCAGGCCCUGCAGCACAACAUCACGGACCCCGAGACCAUCCACAUCUGGAAAACCAACAGUUUACCGCUGCGGUUCUGGAUCAAUAUCCUUAAGAACCCACAGUUCAUCUUUGACGUGCAGACCUCAGACCACGUGGAUGCUGUGUUGUCCGUCAUCGCCCAGACCUUUAUGGAUUCUUGCACCAUCGCUGACCACAAACUGGGACGGGACUCCCCCAUCAACAAGUUGCUGUAUGCCAGAGACAUCCCGCGCUACAAACAGAUGGUGGAGAGGUAUUACGCAGACAUCCGUCAGACCAUCUCCGCCAGUGACCAGGAGAUGAACUCAGCUCUGGCAGAGCUCUCCCAUAAUUAUGCUGCUGAGGUCAACUGCCUUGUUGCUCUACAUGAGCUGUAUAAGUACAUCAACAAAUACUAUGAUCAAAUUAUCACAGCUCUGGAGGAGGACUCCACAGCUCAGAAGAUGCAGCUUGGUUACAGGCUCCAACAGAUUGCCGCUGCUGUAGAAAACAAAGUCACAGACCUAUGACCCCGAGGACCGGGCGGAUUUUUCCUUUAACCUUGAAGAGAGGACAGUGGUCCUGACACAGGGAGGAAACGAGCACUGCUCUGAGCGGGAAAAAUGUGAAACGAAGCACAUCAAGACAAAGGCACUUCCUCUGAACUGUGACACCUCUAAUAAGGAUUUCCCCACAUUGAAUUCAAACAUAAGGGAAACACAAUAUGAAAAGAGAUCUUUUUGUUUUUCCUCUGACUCGAUGUAUGUUGUUGGACUUUGUUGACAAGCUGCACAGAGCAUUCCUGCAAGUUUACAGCUUCGCUUAUUAGUCUUCUGCUGAGGAACGGCUGCUGUAGGUUGGGCUGGUUGUUGAAACGAGGAGGAAAAGGGAAAAGGAGGACUUGAACUUGGAGCUGUGGAAUUUUUACCGCAUCAUUUCAAAGUCUUACACGAAGGACAAACAGAUAAUGACACUGGCAAAGUGCUGUGGAGGCCUGAGGCGCCUUUUUCUCAUUCUGCUUUUAGCUUCCUUAAAUCAUUCUACCAAGUCUUACUCUGUGCGUGUUCAGUUAGCUGUUGUCGGACAUUUUGUUGUUUUGUGUAAACGGUAAACAAGAUAGACUUUCUUUUUUUUUUCUUUUUUUAAGCUUCACAUCUCCAGUUGACCUUUUACUGUAAUUUAUAGAUCCUGCCUCAUGUAGUUUGAACUGAAAACCAGUGUUUUGUAAAAGUGUUGAUUUUUAUUUUGUUGAGGACCUAGUACAUGAAUACUCUCAACUUGCUUUUCAUGGUGACCUACUGCUAUUGUGAAUGUUCUUUUUUCCCCAGGUAAUGUUUUUUUUAUUUUGUAUUACCCAAGACAGUUUUGGCAGAGCUUAUAGCUAAACUCACAAACUGAUCCGUCCUUAAGAAAACCAUGAAGUUUAACUACAUGUAGACAAAAUCGGUAACAGCACUACUGUAAUCUUUACUAAUUCAGCUAAAAAACAAACAAAAAAAAAAAGAUCUCAUGAAAGACCAAGCCUGACUUAUUGGAAAAUAAAUGCACAAAUAUAAAAUAAUGCACAAAGGAAUUGAGGAAUAAGUAUCUAAUAAAUGAAUUCCACAUAAUUUAUUUUAUCCUUCUCUGCCACUUCCGGAUUUAUUUUCCUUCAGCAGAGUUUGUUUUCUAUUUGUGUAAUAUAUUUUACUUCCACGCAUAUGUGAUUUAUUUGUUUGUAAAUAUAAAAAUUGGGUCAAGCAUAGAAAAGCUUAGAAAAACAAUUCUAUUUGAUGGACCAUCUAUCCUGAGGUGACAGUGAAAUAUAAUAAUGUGGAAUUAAACUGCAUAUUUAUACAAUUUUUUCUUAUAUACAUUAUGUGCAUUUUAUAGAUUUAUUUCAAUUUCUUUGUCCAAUGAAUUUUUAAAAAUAAUUUUCUUUUAUUUAAGUCAGGUUUGAUCUUCCUACUUCUAAGAUGUUUUGGCUACUGUCUAUAAUAUACAUGUACAUUUUGUUUUACUCGUGUGAGUUGUUUUCUCUUCCCCAUCGUCAUUUGACUACUUCUAAGUCCACUUUGCAGUUAAUUCAGCUCCACCUAUAAAUUCAGUUUCUAACUAAGACCCUUCAGUGUAAAGGCCUUUUUCACGGUGAAGGAAAUUGAGGAAGCUGCUGCCUCUGUUGGAUGGUUGUUAGAGCAGGAUUGCUGCUAGAUAUCAGGUUUUCACACAAAAGUUUUGCACCGACAAAACAGCUAUGCCCUGAUUUGAAGCUUUAAUUUGCAUUCAUGUUGUUUGGUGUUGGAUGACGCCACAUUUUAGCAGUGUUACGGCAGUGCAAAGCUGUAUUUCUUAUAUAUAUCUUAUAUAAAUUGCUCCCCUUUCUCUAAAGAUUUCAAUCAGUCAAUAUGGCUAUUAAACAAAGGUGCCUGUGUUCCCUGUUGCUCUGUGAUGCCAUAUGUGAAAGUCUAUUCCUAGUUUUUUUCCAAUUUAAUUUAUUGUUUAUUUAUUUUAUUGCAUUUGUUGUUGGUUAUUAUUUUUGGACAUUUAAAAUAAUAUUGGUUAUGUCCCCUCCGAUUUUGUCAAUUUUGUACCUUAUGGUGUUUUUUAAAUUUUUUUUAUCCAUUGAUCAACUCUCAAGAUAGACAUGAGGAUAUAAGUCACAAUCAGCCAUCUUAAAAUUCUGAUACAGUUUCAGUCUCAUUCAUUAUGUUGCAUCCAUUUUACAGGCAGUAGAGAAAUAUGACUUGUAAUGUUGCAAGCGAUUACCUUGUACAUUAUAAAGACAUUAUUACCAAUUCUUUGUCAUGCACAUUAGUGUUGCUUGUGGCUUACAUGUGUAUGCAAAGCCCAGUUCUGGUGUUUUACCAUUUUCCUGUACAGUAGAUACAAACUGUUCUUAAGUAAUCCUGACUUUAGCAUUCUCUAACUAAUUGAUAGGAUGAACCUAACAACAACUUAAUGUGAUGCAAUAAAGUGGUCCCAAUGUUAA